GCCAGCUCUAGUUUCUUUUGGCCAAGCUCAGCUCAAUAUUAAUGCACAGUUCGUUAACUUUCACUUCGGCCACAACAAUCAGCAGCAGGAUCCAAUUGGAUUCGGUAUAGGGAUCGGGAUAGGGAUACAAGAUCGGGAGUUAUGUGAACAGCGACGUGACCAUAAUGGCAACCAAGUACGAGCGCAUUUUGAGUGACUGCAGGGCGAAGAGUAUACUCUGGGAAGACCCCGAUUUCCCCGCAGUUCAGUCAUCCGUCUUCUACUACCAGACGCCCCCUUUCACCUUCCAAUGGAAGCGGAUCGCGGAGCUGAGCACCGCCCAAAGCCAGGCACAGACAACGGCGUCCAGUCCGGCUGUAUUCCUCAACGAGACCGCCGAGUUCGAUGUGGUGCCCGGUAAGAUGGGUGAUCGCUGGCUGGUCUCCUGCCUGGGCGUGCUCUGUUCGCUGCGCAAUCUCUUCUAUCGCGUGGUGCCCGCCGAUCAGAGCCUGGCCAAGGCCCAGGGCGUCUUUCGUUUCCGCCUGUGGUGGUGCGGCGAAUGGGUGGAGGUGCUUGUGGACGAUCGCCUGCCCACCAUCAACGGGCGACUGGCCUUUAUGCAGCCGCAGGCCUCAAACUGUUUCUGGGCCGCACUGCUGGAGAAGGCCAUUGCCAAGCUGCACGGCUCCUACGAGGCCCUCAAGUACGGCACACGUUCCGACGGCCUGACCGAUCUCCUCGGCGGCGUCGUUCGCUGCAUGCCCAUUGACCCGGACACCCUGCGGCCGCAGACGCUCAAGGAUCAGCUGGCCACCACAUGCAUUGUCACCUGCCUGGCGGUCAAGAGUGCCGCCUCGGUGGCAAAGAAGAACAUUGCCGAGCGUUUGUCCAACGGAAUAAUGGUUACGGUUAACUACAGACUUUCCGGCUUGGACAAGGUGGAGACAUUGAUGGGAGAUUCGGUGCAAUUGGUCUGCGUGAGGGACACAUUCUCGAGCAAACCCUUUGGCGACAAGACGCACUUCACCGGCGACUGGUCACCGCUGUCCAAGACAUGGGAGCGAGUAUCCUCCGCGGAGCGUGCGCGUCUGGUCAGCCAGCUGGCGCCGGGAGAGUUCUGGAUGUCGUUCUGUGACUUCGUGCAGGUCUUUACCACACUGGAGGUGGUAUACCUGGAUACGGAUACGGCCAACGACGAGGAAAUGCUCAAAAAUCGACCGAAACACUGGAAGAUGAAAAUGUAUCAGGGCCAAUGGAAGCGGGGUGUUACGGCCGGCGGAUGUCGCAACCAUGAAUCCUUCCAUAUCAAUCCACAGCUGCUGAUCUCCGUGCAGGAGCGGCAAGAAGUGGUGGUGGCUCUCAAUCAGCACACAGCCGUGGAGCCCAAGGUGAUCGGGUUCACGAUGUACACGUGGGACCGUGACUACGGACUCACCGAAUGCCUGCAAAAGGACUUCUUUAAGAACCACGUUAGCUUUCUCAACUCGGACUAUGGCAAUACGCGUCACGUCAGCUACCACACGCAACUGGAGGCGGGCCAUUAUGUACUCAUACCGACCACGUACGAGCCGGCGGAGGAGGCACACUUCACCGUCCGCAUUCUGGGCACGGCCAUCUUCCGGCUCUCAUGCCUGGAGACCCAGACGAUGAUCCUGCUGGAGCCAUUCCCGGCGCUCAAGAGCGAGGACGACCGGAGCGGUGGGACCAAGGUGAAGAGCGUCUGCCAGUAUGAGCCCGUGUACAUGCAGCUGGCCGAUGAGAACAAGACCAUCAAUUGCUUCGAGCUGCACGAACUGCUGGAGGCCUGCCUGCCCAAUGACUACAUCAAGGGCUGUGCGAACAUCGACAUUUGCCGUCAGGUAAUUGCCCUGCAGGACAAGACCGGCAGCGGGCGCAUCACCUUCCAACAGUUCAAGACCUUCAUGGUGAACCUCAAGUCCUGGCAGGGCGUCUUCAAGAUGUAUACCAAGGAGAAGGCCGGGAUUCUGCGUGCGGAGCGUCUGCGCGACGCUCUCUGUGACAUUGGCUUUCAGCUUAGCACGGACAUCAUGAACUGCCUGAUCCAGCGAUAUAUCCGCAAGGACGGCACCCUGCGCCUCAGCGACUUUGUGUCGGCCGUCAUUCAUCUGACCAUUGCCUUUAAUCAGUUCCAUUUGAAGAACUACAGCCAGGUGAAUGUCAUAGAGGUGCAUCUGCAUGACUGGAUCAAAAGCAUACUCAGCUGCUAAUGGUACUCUGUCUGAU